GAGCUCAAGUCAGGAUUGUGACAGAACUUGGCGUUCACGGGGUGUAUGCCAAUAAAUUCACGUCACUUCGGCUGUGCUCUGUAGGCUUUCACUUCUGGUUCCCGCUGCGUCCGAGCAGCUAAGCUUUGGUUCCGUGGUUCGUCGGGUUCGAGAUUCUCGUUAUCGAUCGGGGGAUUUUUGCGGUGUAUUGCCGAUUUGGUUUGUUGCGGAGUGUCGGCACCAUGGGAUCGAAUCCGAACGAAAGUAAUGUCGAAUACAGGUGUUUCGUAGGAGGCCUCGCAUGGGCUACCACCGAUGAGCGUCUUGAGAAUGCAUUCAGACAGUUCGGAGAAGUCGUCGAGUGCAAGGUUAUUAGCGAUCGUGAAACCGGAAGGUCUCGUGGAUUUGGUUUCGUAACUUUCCACGACGAGGCCGCGAUGAAAGAAGCUAUCGAAUCCAUGAAUGGAAAGGAGCUUGAUGGUCGUAACAUCACUGUCAACCAGGCCCAGCAGAGGAACAGGGAUGGAGGAGGCGGAGGUGGUGGAUAUGGUGGCGGACGUGGAUACGGUGGUGGUGGUGGUGGAGGUAGCCGAUACGGCGGCGGCGGUGGUGGAUACGGUGGAAACCGUGAUGGUGGAAACCGCAACGGUGGUGGAUACGGUGGUGGAGGCUAUGGUGGUGGUGGUGGUGACAGAGGGUACAGCAGCGGCGGCCAAGGCGGUGGUGGUUACGGCCGUGGAGGAGCCGGCGGUGGCUACGGAGGAGGAGGUGCCGGCGGUGGCGAAUCCAGAUGGAGAACUGACAACCGCAACUCAGAAUUCUAAUUUGUGAAUAUACUUUCCUAAUGUUGGGAGUCUGGGCUCUUCCGGGCGCUUCCAGUCUCUUUGGUUCUGUGAUGAUUUCACUCUCUGGUCCCAACACCUAAAGGGAGGGCCUCGUCUGAGGGCCUGCCGCUUCAGUUAUCCGUGGAUGUGACAUUUCACUCGCUCUGAGAUCUUUCAUACUUGUCCGAACUUUUGAUUGCCAUUUGGUAGGUGCAGUUUUGGAGCACGAGAUCGGCUCAAGCUUACGUGAUAGCUGCUCUUGUUCUUUUCUUAGGUGCCCUUAGGCGGCACGGUCUGUCCAUGUAAUGGUUACUUGUUCUGGAUCCUGCUUUCUCCGUGGUAAUCAGCCUUCUGUUUUACUCACCGGAGUUAAAGACAUCUGGACCCUCCUCUGUACCUGAACUGCUGGGUGUUGGGACAUUGCGAUUUUGUUCUCCGUUACUUCUAGUAACUCAGGAGGAUCAAGUCUAACGUGUGUACGAAAGCUACCAGUCGGAAUCGCUCGGUUACUGUGAUGUGAAGUAGAUGCGGCGGCCAGGAGGCUGUCGCACAAUUUUGAUCGCUUUUACGAGAGAUUGGGUUUACUGGUGACAGCCACGAAAGAGAGAAGAGUUCAUCUGUAUGAGCAUAUACCCUUCGGAAAGGCGGGGCAUGCUUGUUACAUGUUGCAGAUCUUGAUAUAUAAUAUGGUCUUUUGGCCUCAGUUACUUGUUUAUCCACACC